CUUUGCUUCAGCUGGCCAAGGGCUCUCCUGCCGCCGCCUUGCUGCUUCUCAAAGCUGCUGCUGUCUCUCAAGCCAAGAGGUUUUAAAAUGGAACAUUUUGAUGCAUCACUCAGUACCUAUUUCAAGGUCUUGCUGGGCCCCCGAGAUACCAGAGUAAAAGGAUGGUUUCUUCUGGACAAUUACAUACCUACCUUUGUCUGCACUGUCAUUUAUUUACUAAUUGUAUGGUUAGGACCAAAAUACAUGAAGAAAAAACAGCCAUUCUCUUGCCGGGGAAUCUUAGUGGUGUAUAACCUUGGACUCACGUUGCUGUCUCUCUACAUGUUCUGUGAGUUGGUGACAGGAGUAUGGCAAGGCAGCUACAACUUCUUUUGUCAGGGCACAUGCAGUGCGGGAGAAUCAGACAUGAAGAUCAUCCGUGUCCUUUGGUGGUAUUACUUCUCUAAACUCAUAGAAUUCAUGGACACAUUUUUCUUCAUCCUGUGCAAGAACAACCAUCAGAUCACAGUCCUGCACGACUACCACCAUGCCACCAUGUUCAACAUCUGGUGGUUUGUGAUGAACUGGGUACCAUGUGGCCACUCUUAUUUCGGUGCCACACUUAAUAGCUUCAUCCAUGUCCUCAUGUACUCGUACUAUGGCUUGUCAUCUGUACCUUCCAUGCGCCCAUACCUCUGGUGGAAGAAGUACAUCACUCAGGGACAGCUGGUUCAGUUUGUGCUGACAAUCAUUCAGACCAGCUGUGGGGUCAUCUGGCCAUGUGUGUUCCCUCUUGGUUGGCUAUAUUUCCAGAUUGGAUACAUGAUAUCCCUGAUUGCUCUCUUCACAAACUUUUACAUUGAGACUUACAACAUGAAAGGAGCCUCUCGGAGGAGAGGCUACCAAAAGGACCACCAGAAUGGAUCUGUGACUGCUGUGAAUGAACACACCAACAGCUUUUCUUCCCUGGAAAACACAGCGAAGCCAAGGAAGCAACGGAAGGAUUGAAGUGGCAGAGUGGAACACCU